AUGACGUCGAUAAACGUGGAUAAGUACAAGCUGUCCGACCGUACGGCAAAGCUCACGGCGAAAGACAUUAUUCCGGUCGUUCAGUCAUCGGAUUCAGCUGAGACGCGCGAAUUUCUUAACAAAAUCGCCGAGCUGUUGGUCGACUAUGUCAACAUCCAGAAUGACCGGAAGGAGAAGAUCCUCGAUUUCCACCACCCGGAGGACAUGAAAAAGCUGCUCUCGCUGGACAUCCCUGAAGAGGCUGUCACCCUGCAACAGCUGGUGAAGGACUGCGCCAUGACGCUGAAGUAUCAAGUGAAGACAGGACAUCCCCACUUCUUCAAUCAGCUGUCGUGCGGUCUGGACGUGGUUUCGAUGGCCGGCGAGUGGCUCACGGCGACUGCCAACACCAACAUGUUCACGUACGAAAUCGCGCCCGUUUUCAUCCUGAUGGAGAACGUCGUGCUGUCGAAGAUGCGCAAGAUCAUCGGUUGGGACGGUGGUGACUCGAUCCUGGCGCCCGGUGGUUCCAUCUCGAACCUGUACGCCUUCCUGGCCGCCCGGCACAAGAUGUUCCCGAACUACAAGGAACACGGAGCGCGUGCCUUACCGGGCGAACUGGUUAUGUUCACGUCGGACCAAUGCCACUACUCGGUGAAGUCCUGCGCCGCCGUCUGUGGGCUUGGCACGGACAACUGCGUGAUGGUGCCGUCUGACGAGCAUGGGCGUCUCAUCCCGACCGAGCUCGAGCGGUUGAUCCUGGAGCGAAAGGCUCGUGGACAGAUUCCGUUCUUCGUGAAUGCGACCGCCGGUACGACCGUGCUGGGAGCGUUCGAUCCGAUCAAUACCAUCGCGGACAUCUGCCAGAAGUACAACUGCUGGUUCCACGUUGAUGCUGCUUGGGGUGGUGGACUUCUGCUGUCGACGAAAUACCGCCAUCCUCGCUUCACCGGCAUCGAAAGAUGCGACUCGAUCACAUGGAACCCUCAUAAGCUGAUGGGCGCUUUGCUGCAGUGUUCGACGAUUCACUUCAAGGAGGAUGGCCUCCUGAUCAGUUGCAACCAGAUGUCGGCCGAGUACUUGUUCAUGACGGACAAGCUGUACGACAUUAGCUACGAUACCGGUGACAAGGUAAUCCAAUGCGGGCGGCAUAACGACGUCUUCAAGCUGUGGCUUCAGUGGCGCUCUAAGGGCACGGAGGGUUUCAGCAAGCACAUGGACCAUCUGAUGGAGCUGGCCGAGUACGAGGUGAAGCGCAUCCGGCAGCAGUCGGAUAAGUUCCAUCUGAUCAUGGAGCCGGAGUGCGUCAACGUGUCGUUCUGGUACAUUCCGAAACGUCUGCGAGGUGUCCCACACGAUGCCAAAAAGGAGCAAGAGCUGGGCAAGAUCUGCCCGAUCAUCAAGUCGCGCAUGAUGCAGUCUGGCACGCUUAUGGUGGGCUACCAACCGGACGAUCGUCGUCCGAACUUCUUCCGCUCGAUCAUCUCAUCAGUCGCCGUCACGGAGGCGGACGUCGAUUUCAUGCUGAACGAAAUCGACCGCCUCGGACAGGAUCUGUAA